AUGCUUAUAAAUCCACAGUUGGAACGCAGAGACGUUCAGGACGUUCCAACCGGAACUGGAAGUGAUGCGCAAUACCGGAAGGAGGAGGUGGAACGCACACACGGCCCGGUGGAACACAAGCCGGAGAAACCCGCGAGAAUUUACACCGGCAAUUAUACAUGCCAGCUGGUGUUAUCAACAGAUCCAAUGGAGACCGGUCCACCGCUCUGCCCACCAAUGAAAGCCCUCUGA